CACACACACACACACACACGCACACGGCGCAAAAAUAACAGAAGCCAGGUUGCAGCCAUGGCAACGCCGCCGGUGCGCUCACAUCCUCGGGUGUUGUGAAUGGAAAGGGGGAGGCUGCUGCCAGAGGUCUGAACUCCACACACCUUCCUCCGACGCCGCCCAGUCUCGCCAGGUUUGAGGUGUGCGUGUGUGCGUGUGUGUGAGUGUGUGUGUGUGUGUGAGUGUGUGUGUCUUUGUCUGCCGGUGAUGGACGAGGCGGAGGACGGCGAGGAGGAGCCCAAAUUCCAUCGGCCCCUGCCACCGCAAGGAGCCAGCCCGGCCGGAUGCGAGGGUCGCGGGAGCAGCGGAGGAAUCGCGAUGAGGAGAUUUACGGCCGGAGGCGGAGCCGCGUCCGCCGCGCGCAAAAGCUCCAACCACAACGAGCCGUGGCUCUUGGCGGACGAGGAGUCCGCGCCCCCGAGUGCCCCCGCUCCGUCGCGCCACAGGGAUGCUGCUGGCGGCCGAGGCGGCUCGGUGUCGGCGCCGGCGGCUGCUGUGAGGGGACAGGGAGCCAUCGGCAUGAUAUGCAACAAGAACGGAGACUGUAGGAGGGAGCCGAGCAGCGCAGGGAGCCUCUCCUCGCUCAUCUCGAGGCAGGAGAUGCGGGCGGAUGGAGGAGCGGCGGCGGCGGCGGCAGCGGAGGAGGAGGAGGAGGAGGAGGGCACGGGUCAGGCUGCGAGCGGGGACGGCUCCAUCACCUCCCUGGCACAAGGGCCCGCGGUCGAGGUCAGGGCAGCCAUGGAGAAAAAGGACUCCAGAGUGUCUUUCUCCAAUGCGACAGCUAGUAAAGGACGGACUCCGAGUCAGCAGUCGAGAAACUCUGCGUCCUUCUCCAGAGCCGACGACGGCUCCCAGAUAGUGCCGGACGACGGGGACCCCCGGGGGAACCAGACGUACAUGCAGCGGCAGUUCAGCUCCAUGCUCCAGCCCGGAGUGAACAAGUUCUCCCUGCGCAUGUUCGGCAGCCAGAAGGCGGUGGAGAAGGAGCAGGAGCGCGUCAAGUCCGCGGGGAACUGGAUUAUCCACCCGUACAGCGACUUCAGGUUCUACUGGGACUUCUCUAUGCUGAUGUUCAUGGUGGGCAACCUGAUCAUCAUCCCCGUGGGCAUCACCUUCUUCAAGGAGGAGACCACCACGCCCUGGAUCAUCUUUAACGUGGUCUCCGACACCUUCUUCCUCAUGGACCUGGUCCUCAACUUCCGGACGGGCAUCGUGUUUGAGGACAACACGGAGAUCAUCCUCGACCCCGAGAAGAUCAAGACCAAGUACCUGAAGAGCUGGUUUGUGGUGGACUUUGUCUCGUCCAUACCCGUGGAUUAUAUCUUUCUCAUCGUGGAGAAAGGCAUUGACUCGGAGGUGUACAAGACGGCCCGGGCUCUCCGCAUCGUCCGCUUCACCAAGAUCCUCAGUCUGCUGCGUCUGCUGAGGCUCUCCAGGCUCAUCCGUUACAUCCACCAGUGGGAGGAGAUCUUCCACAUGACCUAUGACCUGGCCAGUGCCGUGAUGCGAAUAUUCAACCUGAUUGGAAUGAUGCUGCUGCUCUGCCACUGGGAUGGCUGUCUCCAGUUCCUUGUUCCCAUGCUGCAGGACUUUCCAUCUGACUGCUGGGUCUCCCUCAAUAAGAUGGUGAACGACUCGUGGAGCGAGCUCUACUCCUUCGCCCUCUUUAAGGCCAUGAGCCACAUGCUGUGCAUUGGAUAUGGGAGACAAGCCCCAGAGAGCAUGUCGGACAUCUGGCUGACCAUGCUGAGUAUGAUCGUAGGAGCCACCUGCUACGCCAUGUUCAUCGGUCAUGCAACUGCACUCAUCCAGUCUCUGGACUCAUCGAGACGGCAGUACCAGGAGAAGUACAAACAAGUGGAGCAGUACAUGUCCUUCCACAAGCUACCGGCCGACUUCCGACAGAAAAUCCACGACUACUACGAGCACAGAUACCAGGGCAAGAUGUUUGAUGAGGAGAGCAUCCUGGAGGAGCUCAAUGAGCCCCUGCGUGAGGAAAUUGUCAACUUUAACUGUCGUAAGCUGGUGGCGUCCAUGCCGCUGUUUGCCAACGCGGAUCCCAACUUUGUGACCGCCAUGCUGACCAAGUUGAGAUUUGAAGUCUUCCAGCCCAUAGACUACAUCGUCAGAGAGGGCACCAUCGGCAAGAAGAUGUACUUCAUCCAGCACGGGGUGGUCAGCGUCCUGACCAAAGGGACCAUUGGGAUGAAGCUGAUGGACGGCUCCUACUUUGGAGAGAUCUGUCUGCUGACCCGAGGAAGACGGACGGCCAGUGUGCGAGCGGACACCUACUGUCGCCUGUACUCGCUCUCUGUGGACAAUUUCAACGAGGUGCUGGAGGAGUAUCCCAUGAUGAGGAGGGCCUUUGAGACGGUUGCCAUCGACAGACUGGACAGGAUAGGCAAGAAGAACUCAAUCCUGAUGCACAAAGUUCAACAUGAUCUCAACUCUGGGGUUUUCAACAAUCAUGAGAAUGAGAUGAUCCAGGAGAUAGUUAAAUAUGAUCGGGAAAUGGUUCAACAGGUGGAUGUACCACGACCACGAGCCAUGUCCUUGACAUCUCCUCUACAUAGUGGGAUCUUUACUCCUCCAGGUUCCUCCGCCCAGCCCCAAACUUCUGCAAUUGCCACUUUGCAGCAGGCCGUAGCCAUGAACUUUUGUUCCCCCAUGCAAGGGAACUCAGUGGGAGCGGGGAACCUGCAAUCCCCAAGGAUGGUGAGGAGAUUCCAAGUGGUGCAAAAUGUAUCCAGCCCUGUCUCAGCCUCUCCCCUGCAGUCUCAGCUCCUUGGUUCUGGUGCCUUUGCUCCCGUCCUGUCCAGCCCCCCAGUCCAGAGCCCACUGACAAUUGGAGGACGAUCAUUCCAGUAUGGUUCCAGUUCCCCAGGAGGUCCCACUUCAGGCUCCCAGCUUUCUCUAGUCCAGCAGCAUAUAGCCAGCCCUGCACACUGGCCCAGCACACAUAAGAGCACCCAUUCCUUGCAAAUGAGCAGUCUGAGCCAAGACGCAAGGGCUCUGUCUGUCUCUCAGCCCUCACUGCCUCAUGAGGGGGCACUACCAGGUGCCCCAAGUCCAUCCCAUUCUACACGAGUCUCCUCUACUUCCAUUGGACCCCCUCAGACCCCAAAAGGUCCCACAGGUGUUCGGAGUGCUAUACCACAUAGGGUAGUACUGCCCCACCAAAUGUCUGUGGGGGCAUUCCCUCUAGUAUCCCUUCCCGGUUCUGCGCAUGGUUUUGGGUCUGGUGCCGGACUGGCAGUAGGUGGUGUGGGAACAGGUCUGGGGGAUUCAGGACGACCAAAGAAGGACUCUAUAGUGAGCCUUCCUGAGACUGAUCACAUCAAAGUCCGAUCCAGGCUAUCCUCAAACUUGUGAUCUUAUUUAAACUGUUGGGGGAGUGACUCAAUAGGGGCUUACCUGCAGGAACAUGGGGUGAUUUCUGUUCUUCCCUCUACAGUUCCUCUCCUCUCUAUCCACUCCAGUUUGACUAUCCGAAUGUAUGAAUGUUGAGUGAGUGGCAAGGAUAAUCUGAGAGGUGACUCUUCUAAUAUAAUGAAGUCUGUAUGGUGACUUUUGAAUCUGCAGCAUCAAGACGUUUCUACUCACAGAUAUUAUAGAUGCACACAAAAGUAGUGGUAAAUUAGCAUAUGCCCAUCUCCCCCUCCUUUAUUUAUUGUAUUUCACAACAUUGUUAGCAACAUAUGGGCAUAUGGUUCACUUAUCCUUUCAUUCAACUAAUUCAAUGGACAUUUGGUGUCACAUGGGACUAAAAGAAAAUCAGGGACCUGCUCCGGAUGAGUUGGCACUUAUACCUACAGUAUCUACCGCAUUUUAUCAUUUGGCUGCCUAUCAUCUCACAUUUGCAUAACAAUUAUGGUACAUAAAAAGUCAUAAAUGUUUUGAACAUCAAAAUUUGUGUUCACUGUUUUGAGUCCCCCAUUAAAUAGACCACAAGGCCACAUGUAUUAGCACAAAAUUGAACAAUAUAAAAAACUCUCCUUUCACUACCUUUAUUCCAGGGGUUUAAGCCAUCGUUCCGCCCAGAUCAGUGAUAUGAAUGGAUAAAAAGUAUGUACUGUAUGUGAAUCUAUCUGGCAUUGACUCUUUCGUAAGUCUUCCCUGCCUCUGAUAGUCCCUGCAGAUAGAUAUGUGAGGCCAUGGAAUCUUCAGAUCACAGACAACAAAUAUCCUUGAAACUGAAAUUACAUCUGUGGGACAAAUUGUCUUGUUACAGCCAAGCCAUCGAUUUCUACAGGAAGCAUUUGCAUGUUGCUGUUUUAUUCAUUCAAAACUGCAUUAAUCAAUAUUUUCUAUAUCAAAAGUGAAUCAAAUGCCUAAGUGACCCCCACACGAUCAGGGAUUGAACCCACGGAGACUAAUGACUCAACGACGGAGAUAUUUAGCUUCAUGUAGCUCAUUGUUUUGGUUUUAAGACCCACCUUUAAUUAUUUUCACCAUCCUCCCAGAACAUCCCAAAAUACAAUAUAGCCAUCUUGAAAUGAAUGUGGACCUUCCCAAAUUUAAAAUCAGUUGUUUUCGGGGGGGUUUUACAUUAUUAUUGAUUAAAGUCAUUCAAAGUGACCUUUAGCAAAAAUAAAUCGAUCAAUCAUCAGCCUUUUCAUUUAUAUUCAAUGGAACUUUGGACUAGAGGUAAAUGAGUCACAUCACAAAGGACUCUCAAAUGGUGAAUGGAAAUAGAUGAAAUGAAAACUGCUUUCAGGGAGCAGAAGACUUAACAAUGGCAAGCAGUCUGCAAAUAGAAAAGAUUAAUAUUCAGUGUACAUUGCCUAUAGCCUACAGAAUACUAACAUGGAGUAGAAGUGGCAAUGUUGCUGUAUUCAUUAAUUAAUUUGUACUGAAUACUGAAUUUGAUAGUUAAACUUAAAGAACAAGAUCCAUAUAAUAUAUUACGUUUGCCAGUUUACACUAAACCAAAAAUCCAAAAUGAUGUUAUAUUUUUCUUGAUUUGGGUUUUGUGGUAAAAUUACAUGCCUGAUUUUGCAUUGGCAUAUAUUAACAUAAAAACCUCUUAUUAGGAAUCACAAUAACAUUUCAGCAUGACAGAGCUUCAUGUAACCAUAGUGAUUGCAUGAGAGGAGAGGGGGGGACGCUGUGAUGCUCUGUCUGGUCUGUCUAUGCCCUGUCCCGUCGUUGUUAUCAGUUAUCCAGUUGUUUCUUAUUGCUCAAGAAAAGAGUUGAUGCCUUGCUUCACAUACAAUGAGAAAUUGAGUGGACUGAGAAAAGAUAGGGGCAAGACACGUACACACACACACACACACACACACACACACACACACACACACACUGGCUUGCUUAAAUGAUAAUUUGACUGAGUAAGCUUGCUAGCACUAUGCUGAAGGAACUGACCAAAACACUAAUGUCAGCUGCUGAGUCAUAGCUUGCAUGCAAACAACAGCAACUUUACUGUUACGGUUAACAUUAAACAGUCUAAUGUUGAAGUUCACGUUAAGUGUACCUUCAUUGAGUUGGGUUGAGUUUCCCGUUGAAGUUGCAACUGUCAUGAUGCCCCCCCCCCCACCACCACCACCAUUAUCAGCCAGGCAGUGACAUUUGAGUGAUAUGAUGCACCGGCAAAUAAUUACAAGACAUUUUAUACUGGUCAAAAUGUAAAAUCAUUCAAAGUCACAUAAUCAAAAUGUAAAUCCAUUUUUUUCUAACUCUGCACAUUUCUUGCAGCAGCAGUUUGGGCCAGCGCUAUGCCAAGGUCAAUUGACAGAGAUGAUGAAACCCCUGCGAAGCUCAACCUUACUAUAAAUGCUAAAGUUUUGAUCAACAGCCAAGGACGGUGCAGAUACUGUGCAGGAUGUAUAUUUCAGUGUGCCUCUGUCAUUAAGGCCCCAAUAAGAGUUCAGCGGAUGCCGCCGAUUUAUGUCCAAAAGCAUUUGGACGUAUUAGCUUUCAAGCACACAAAGCAAUAACUAAAAAAAAAGUGAGCUCCCGAUAUGCAAAUGAUUUCCUGUUGAGGUGUUAACGGGGAUGCAAUAUUUCAUGUCUGAUUUCUCAAACUUUAAAAUCUGUUUGUGGAAGAAUAUGAGCAGAUAUCCAGUUUCAAAUACACGAUACAUGAUUGGCUCGGUUGUUAUUUUCUGUGUGCAUCAUAGUGUGCAUCUUGUAAACCAGACUACUUAUUUAUUUAGCCAAGUUUAUUAACUGUAGACACAAAGACACAUGCACACACAGACACACACACACACACACACACACACACACGCACGCACAUCCUGUGCCAGUUGCUGGUGCUGGUCUGCAUAGUUUCUUCUUGAUCUUGUUUAAUGUCUUUUUUUCUGAUCUCACAGCUCAGUCAAUGUGCUAAUCCUGUACCUUUGACCAACGCUGAUUUCUGAUUUAUUUUUCUUUGCCAUUAUCAAAACAGCAUGUUGCACAGAACUAAACAAACACUUGGUCUUGUUUUAUGUUAAUGUUACAACAACUCAGCUGUUCUUUUUCCCAUACACCCUCCGGGCUUUGGUAAGGCUGGCAUCUGUGCGACACACACACACACACACACACACACAUAGAUGGAUCAACACGAGCAUCUGUGUUUGCCAAGUCAUGUGCUUGCAAAAUGCUGUUUUUUAAAAGACAAAUUCAUUUUUUCCUGUCUUCAAUGCCACAACUCUAUUUUCUGUUCCAGUUUUCAUUCAGACGUGUCUUGGGGUUCAUCAACGGCAGCACGGCAUAGAGAUUCUGAGUGAUUCAAAUGUUUACUUACAAGGGCUCUUCACAUGAACCGAGCGAGGGUGUGAUCUGGUGUCUCUAACUCACAAGGGUUCAGAUUUUAAUUUUUCUCAUUGGCCAGUAUUGUCCACACAACACUAAAACAAUAUAUAAUGCACUUUUUUAUACUAGUUGUUUCUGCAUUUUACAGAAUAUACAGCAGUCGGCAUUUAUUUCUCUCUCUCUGUGAUGCCAGUGCUCUAAGUGUGAAUAAUAAUGGUCCAAUAAAAUGGAGAGUGACUACGAAGCCAAUACUGAAACCAAUCAAUACCCAUUAUACAGGAAUGAAUGAAUUCCCCCGAAGCAAACAGACGAUCGCAGACAGUCGCUCUCGGUCAGAUCAGACACUUCCAGUGCAAGUGAUCCUGUGUCAGGGACCUGAUUUUCUUUUAUGGCGCCGCUCUACAGUUGUCACAUCCCAUCAUAAUGUACUGUGCAUACCUAGUGCCUAGCAUAUAUUGUAGACUCCACAUACAUGUACUAUAUUCUCUCUGUGUGUGGCUGUAAAAAAAAUAAGUGCAAGCUCCUCACAAUGCAAACAUAACUGUCGGUUAUAUCCCAUUGCAAUACAUGUAAAAAAACCAAAAAACAAUAAACUGCAUUUGAAUACA